CCUCGCUGGCGCUCCCAACAUCGAUGCUGUCGUCGCUGCCUCGCGCUUGUUCAUCGUCGCCGCCAGCAAAAGCAGGGGCCUGCAUCACGGCCGCCAAUUCCUGGGCUCUUGUCUGCUUUCGUUCCCCGAGGAGGCAGGAACAGCAGUGGCCGCCACCUUACGGGGGCGGCCAGCUCCACCCUCGCUCUGAAUGUUGGUGGCGGCAGCGCCUCCUGUGAUUCCCGGUAGAAGCUUCUGGCUGCUGGGCAGCAAGCCUCCACCGCCUACGGCGGCCCCAAGCGAGCCGUUUUGACUGAAUUUUGCCGGGGUUUUAGUUUGCCCACCACGCUGGGUCGUUGUGGCCUCCAUGCUGUUGUCCAUGUUUGGUUGUCCUCUGUGGGGUGUGGUGUCUGUUGGAGGCAAUCGUGGAGUGAGAGCUGCUGGAGCUGCGUCUCAUGAAGAGGGAGUGUUCUUUUGGAACCUUUCCAAGGAGUCACGAUUAAAAUGAAUCUUGCUGGCGUUCCAAAAUUUGGAAUCGAAAUUUUGGAAUGUGGAACGGAGAUUUGGAAACGUUUAAAAAGGCCCUUAGACCCGUUUUAGGGCCGUUUUAAACGUUUCCAAAUCUCUGUUCCAAAUUCCAAAGUUACGAUUCCAAAUUUUGGACCAACAGCAAGAUUCAUUUUAAUCGUGACUCCUUGGAAAGGUUCCAAAAGAAAACUCCCUCUUCAUGAGACGCAGCUCCAGCAGCUCUCACUCCACGAUUGCCUCCAACAGACACCACACCCCAUAGAGGACAACCAAACAUGGACAACAGCAUGGAGGCCACAACGACCCAGCGUGGUGGGCAAACCAAAACCCCGGCAAAAUUCAGUCAAAACGGCUCGCUUGGGGCCGCCGUAGGCGGUGGAGGCUU